AUGUUUUAUGCACACUUUGUGCUGGCCAAAAAAGGCCCUUUGGCCAAGAUUUGGCUGGCCGCACACUGGGACAAGAAAUUAACAAAGGCUCAUGUUUUUGAAACGAAUAUUGAGAAGUCGGUCGAUGGAAUACUUAAACCCAAAGUGAAAAUGGCUUUACGAACUUCAGGCCAUCUGUUGCUUGGUGUAGUAAGGAUCUAUUCAAGGAAAGCAAAGUAUUUACUCCAAGAUUGUAAUGAGGCUUUUGUCAAGAUUAAGAUGGCCUUCAGGCCUGGUAUGGUGGAUUUGCCUGAAGAACAUAGAGAGGCUGCUAUGAAUGCCAUUACAUUGCCAGAGGUCUUUCAUGACUUUGACACAGCUAUGCCUGAACUCAAUGAGGUGGAUAUUGAAGCACAGUUCUCAUUGAACCAAUCAAGAGCUGAAGAGAUUACAAUGAGGGAAGAUUAUGGUUCCCUAAACCUGGUUACACAUGAUGAUGGCUUUGGUGACAUGGGAUUUGACACUGAACAUCCUGAUAUAAUGAGAGAAGCUAUUGGUACUGAAGGAGCCUUGGAGCAGAGUAACCUGCUGUUUGCGGAGGGAUCUUCGUUGGAGUUGACGGGCAAGGAGGCGGGGCCUAGUGAGCCGCGUGAAACUCCGCGUCUUGAAGCCGCGCCGCAGCACAUGGACGACGGCUUCGGUGCCACCAUUGCUGAAGUACCUGACUUUGGACAUGCGGGAGGUUUGUUCGAAGGCGAUCUGUUCGGCGACGUGACGGCGGGCACGUCGUCGGCCGCUGCGGCGGGCCUACCUGGCACCACCACCCAGCCGCAAUCUUUGCAGGCAGAGAUAGAAGCGGCAGGAGAACGAGCAGCUGAGGCUGAUGCGGCGGCCGGCGAAGCGCACGACUCUGACGAGGAAAUGGGUGACCACUAUGACGCCGGGAAUUCGCCGCCACACAGCUGGGGUGGGUCGCCCCCGCCGCCCCCCACCCCGCACGAGGCGGCGCGCGGCGUGGAAGCCGCUGGCGCCGAGCUGAUGCCGCCGCCCGCCACUCCCCGCCCGCCCUCCACGAGGCCCAUGGAGGUAGAUGAACCUGAAAUAGCUGCUGAAGCAGCAAGGCCAAUAACUCCCGCGCCAGCUUUGGACUCCACCACUUUGCUACAAAAUGACGAGGAAUCCUUCGCACUAGCGCCCGUGGACGCCACAGUUCUCAAAGGCGUAACAAAAACAAAACGAAAGCGCAAGCUGAUCGUGGAUGAAGUGAAGAACAUAUCUGGUGAAGAAAUGAAGAAUCAACUCAGUAAUACUUCAGACAUUGUCACUACUUUGGACCUUGCUCCGCCUACUAAAAGACUGAUGCAUUGGAAGGAAACUGGUGGUGUAGAAAAAUUAUUCUCCUUACCUGCCAGGCCUAUACCUUCACAAGUAUUGUUUAAGAAAUAUCAGCGCAAUAUGACAUUAAGAAGUGAAGCAGAAGAGGUCGAGGCUGCGCGCUCGCCGGAGCCCGAGCCCGCGCGGCGAGCGGCUCGGAAACGUCGCCAUGAAGAGGCAAUACAGCCUCCAGAGACACCAGCCCCACCACCAACGGUAGAAAUGGAACCACCCACACCAGUGCCUCAAGAAUAUGAACCAUCAGUUGCCUCCGAACGUGUCUUCGAGCCCGCUUCACCGCAGAGUCCGCGUACUGAAGACGUUGAAGCACCUCAGACUCCUGGUGGCAUGCUGAGUACUUUAGGUCCGCCCUUAACGCCCGGUGUGCUAGGGCCUUUAACACCUGGUACACUGCUAGACGGAGGUCUGACGCCUGGCGGUUUACCACAUGGAGCUAUAACGCCAGGCGGACUUCCACAUGGCGGCAUGACUCCCGCAGGUCUACAGCACGGCGAACCGCAGCCUAUGGAUCUGGGACUGGGAGCAGGUAUGACUCCUGGUGGUAUGACGCCCGGUGGUAUGACGCCAGGUGGUAUGACACCAGGUGGUAUGACACCAGGUGGUAUGACGCCAGGUGGUAUGACCCCAGGUGGUAUGACGCCAGGUGGUAUGACCCCAGGUGGUAUGACUCACGGCCUGGGUUUAGAAAGCGGAAUGACGCCAGGUGGUUUGGUUCAUGGAGGGCUAACUCCAGCUGGCCUUCAACAUGGCGGAAUGACACCAGGCGAUCUAGUUCACGGGGGCAUCACGCCAAUGGGACUGGAGCACGGCGGGAUGACACCGUCGGAAUUACAACAUGGUGCGCUACUGCAGCACAGUAUGGAGCAGCUGCCGAUGAUGCCUCAGCUUGGGGGAGAACAAGUAUCGACAUUAUUAUCCCGGACAGUACCUACUACGCAGCCGUUGCAGCAUGAUUUACCACACACAGUGCCUAUGGAACCACUACCAUUACAUGGAUUGGAUGAACAAACAGAUUAUCAGACUAGUAUGCAAAUGACCAAUUUAGGAUAUGACGAACAACAGCCGCCUCCUAGUCCGCCGCAUGAUUACGAUUUGCCUCUCAGUGUGGAAGCUGGGUCAGAAGGCGGGCGCGGCGGGUGCGGGGCGCGCGAGGAGCGCGAGGCGGGCGAGACGGAGGAGCAGUUCUCGGAGCGCGUGCUCAACCGGCGCGCCGCGCAGCUGUUCGCCGCCAUGCGCCCGGCGCUCGCCGCGCGCCGCAGCCUGCCCUUCGCCGACGUGGCGCCGCCGCACAACACCCGGAAGCAGGUGGCGCAGAAAUUCUACAGUUUAUUAGUACUCAAGAAACAUCAAGUUUUGAAACUGGAACAACAAGAAACAUAUGGACCCAUAACAAUAUCAAGAGGCGAACAGUUCGAAACGGAUGCGAUUUAA